CACCACUCUUUGACCUUGCUGGAAGCGUGAUUAUAUUCUUUACAAUGUUACUAAAUAUGAGAUGAUAAACUCAUGUAACCAGUUUACACUUACUUCGUAUACACUGUAGCCAGAUGCUUAUGCAGAAAUAUAUUCGACUGUGUGGCUCGUGCGCCCGCCUCAUCUCGCCCCUCCACAUGCGCAAGAGAAUAUGGAAGGAACUAGCAAGUCGAUCACUCGUAUCAUCAAGACGUUAUUGUAACAAUCAUUUGGGAGAUUUAUACAGGAAUGAGUCUGUACAAAGAUAUCUUCGGCAGCUUGUGGAAGAGUACAGAGAUGUCACCAAAACAUUACAACAUGGGUUUCUCAACGAGCCCGCCAGGAAAGAGUUGAACAAGAGACAGGUGGGACUUUCACCAGUGGCCACUGCGUUUCAGAGCGCUGAACACGCCGUGAAAGACCUAGAGGAGGUUGAAACUCUGCUUCAGAGGACAGUCGGUUCCAAAGAGGAAGACCGACAAAUGGUCCAGCUACUGAAAGAGGAACAAGCACAGAUCACCCAAAGAAUCGAGUCAUUGAGAAAAGAUUUGAUCCGGACACUAGUACCCAGUGACCCACACGACACCAGUAAUGUCAUUCUGGAGGUGGUAACAGGGCGGACAACAGGAGGUGACAUCUGUCAACAGUUCACCAGAGAGAUGUUUGACAUGUACCAAGGCCUUGCCAGCUACAAGAACUGGGACUUUGAGAUCUUCAACUACACACCUGCUGAAUAUGGUGGACUGCACCAUGCGGCAGUAAGGAUAGCGGGGGAGAGUGUGUAUCGGCGUCUGAAGCAUGAGGGAGGGACACACCGGGUCCAAAGGAUCCCCGAGGUGGGCCUGUCCUCCAGGAUGCAACGCAUUCACACAGGAACCAUGACCGUCAUCGUCCUGCCACAACCCAACGAGCUGGACAUCAGCAUUGACCCUAAGGACCUGCGGGUUGAUACGUUCAGAUCGAGAGGGGCGGGAGGUCAAAGUGUCAACACAACGGACAGUGCUGUCCGAAUAGUACACCUGCCAACAGGUACGGUGGCAGAGUGUCAGACGUCCCGCUCUCAGCUGCAGAAUCGUGACACGGCCCUGCGUGUGCUGAAGGCCCGCCUCUACCAGAGCAUGAUGGGCAGAGAGACGGAGCAGAGACUUACGGCACGCAAACAGCAGGUGGGCACUCGCUCCCAGUCGGAGAGGAUUCGCACCUACAACUUUAGCCAGGACCGCGUGACAGAUCACCGGACUGGCUAUGUGACCAGAGAUAUCAAGGAGUUCAUGAGGGGCGGGGAGCCCCUGGAUGAUCUGAUCUCAGAGCUGUUGGAACACGGAGACAAGGAGGCUCUGCUGGAGCUGGUGGUGACCUGCAGUCAGAGAUACUGACUCAAGACAGUGUGACGCCUUAGUUCUGGGAGCUAGCUGACAUGACCCACUGCUGCAGCACUGACAGGAGAACAGUCACACCAGACAUGGAACCAAUGGCGCGAACACUGAUCCUGGUUCAGUUUGUGAAAGAAUGGCAUGUGGGUGGAGAAAAGAGAGCAGAGAGCCUGGCUGCAGAUAACCCAGCUCUUUAACCAGUCUCAAGCAUAUGCACAAUUACACCCUAGCAUCUUAAAAGUCCUAAAAUGUUACCGAAAAUAGUUGGUGAUGAGCCCUGCUCCUAUUGGGUGUGUCAGAGCUAUGUUUCAGCCCAACACACACGUUCUAAUCUCAAGCACCCAGGCUGUCUGGCAGCUGGCCAGCCAUGGCAUCAGUAUCUCUCCUACACAGCCAUAGCAAUGAGCGUGUAUUGGCACCAAUGAAGGGUUGUAUUACCUUCGAGGCUACUCGAGCCCCUGUGAAAUGUUUGAGUUGCUCUGACAGAAGUCUGCGAAAUAAAUCCGUGGAAGACUUGAUUACUAAAGGCUGAUGGACUAAAGGAAGAAGCAUAGAGGAAAUGUCCACACCAGCAGAAUAUAUAUUCAAGUACAAUAUUUCAUCAAUCAUACUGUAGAAAACUUGCUUUGCAUUCUCCUUCUCGCAUACUCCAACCAUGUUGGUACGGUUCAGGGCUGGGUUUCCCCAAAGCAUCGUAGCACUAGGAUCAUGUUAAUUCCAUUGAAACGAAAUAGACAAAAGAUGACCUUAGUGCUAAGAUGGAUUUGGGAGACCCAGGCCUGAGCAUGUACUGGUGGUGAUGUGGAAAAUGACAACCACCACCACCACAGUAAGGACAUCACAGCGGUCCUUCACAAGCCAUCCAGAAAUUAUCCCGUUAAAAAUACAUCACACACGCAUAACAAAAUAUCUCUGGGAAUGAUAUUGUCUGUCCAUCACGGCUGUAUGCUAUUCAACUCAAAUAAAAAAGCAGGAGGGCAUCAGGCAUUGAAAAAGGAAAUUGUAAAGAGUAAGACAAACACUUCAAGUUAAGACAGCUAAAGCCACUAAUCCAGCUUGUUUCAGACGUUUGCUUGUCCUAUUCAACCCCAAAAGCUGCGGAUAUACUGUAACUUGGUUGGUUGGAUGGGUAAAAUUCAACCUGAACAAUUAUGAACUUAUGGCAUAUUGGUGAGUAGCUAACUCGGGUUCUCUGUAGCCCACAGGGACCUGACCUGCGUAUCCAGGUAUUGAUAUGACGUUGCUAGAAUUGUCCCUUUACACAAUAACAAUAGUCUCCAACAACAUCCCCCAGCUUGUCAAGCCUUGUGUCUGUUUAAAAAGAGUUCAUAUCUGAGUUAGCCUGGGUAUUAGUCAUCAUCUCCCCUUUGCCUCAGGCUCCUGGAGGAUUUCCCGUUCUCUGCUUUCCUCUUCCUGAACGUGGCCCCGGCUCCCGACGCGGGGCCACCCUCGUCGCCCAGAGAGGUGAUGAUACGCUCCCUAAACUUGGGUUUGGGCUCAGGUGGCAGCUCCGUGGGGGCGGGGGCGCUAGCUGCACCUUCCACCUGUGGUAGCUGCAGGUCCACUUUCUCACUGGAGGAGAGAACAUGUGUGGUGGUGGGUGGGGUAUAGAGCAGAUAGGUGAGUUAUUAGUUUAGCAUUUAAUUAGGCACACAACAACAAGUUGGGUAAAGUAGAGACAGACUAGCAACAGGGUCCUGUUCAUUAAGGCAAACUGUAACAAAAUCUCAUAGUUAAAUCCAAAUGAAGACAUUGACAGUACAACAGUCUCUUACUAAGGCUCUUCUUCUUCCUGUAUCUGCUCCCAGGCUCCGUAAGGGUUGGUCUUCCUGGGCUUCUUAACAGCAGGCCUCUCCUCUUUCUCCUCAGGCACAGCUGCCGGUGUGUCUUUGGCCCCUUCGUCUCCCUUCCCCCCAUCAUCAUCCUCACCAUCUUUAUCCUCUCCCUCCUUGUCUGAAGGCGGUGUAUUCUUUUUGUGGGGAGAGCAAAUGAUUAUUGAAAUGAUCGCCAGUCACCAUGACUCAAAUCCUAAACUAAUGCCCACUAUUGUUUGUGCCCAUUCACUACAAAUGGGGUUGUAUUGAGAACUCAGUCUCACCCUGAACUGAAUCUUGGUGACCUGUUUGGAAUCCUCUCCCUCCCCGGCUCCGUUGGUACUGUUGGAGCUGUCCUCCCCAGAGAGGGGUUCUGGCUGCAGGGCAGAUGGGUCAUCUACCCCUGGGGGGCCCACUGUCUCUCCACUGGGCCCGAGCCCAGACCCAGACUCACCACCGGCAGGGAGAUCUGCAGGUCUUUCCCAGCUGGACUCUGUCAGAGUGGGGGAAACAUCAAAACUAUGUCAAACAUAAUUAUGUCAAACAUACAUCAUUCUUGUCAUCACCUGUCUUUACAGACUGACCUCCAGUCUCUGUGUUGUAGUAGUAGGUAAAUCCAUCAGGACUGACGGCCUCCAUCCAGGCACUACUACCUAAGGAGAUCUACAGAAAAAAAAGUGUGUUCACACCAGGACUUGAAUGCAUUACCUCGGUACAUUACACUGACUCUAAACAUAUCAAAUGGGUAACAACAUACAAGAGACUUCCUGGUGAAAUGAAAGGUAUUAAGAAAAAUACAUUAAAAAGUAGUGUCUACCUCAGUUUGACCAGGCUGUGGAGAUGGUGUGCUCUUUCCCUGCAACCCAUUUGGUUUGUCCCACUGAGAUUCUGAAAAGAUAUAAAAACACAAUGCUUCAGGAGAAAGGUGAAUGGUCCUAGGUGUAUGUUCAAAACUGAUUUAUUAAAAGUCAGUCUGACUUUUAACCUGUCAUCUCUGAUAUCUGCGGAGUUGUU